AUGACGUUUGAUAAUUUAUCUCAAUAUUCACAAGCAUCACAUCUUAUAGUUGGAUUAGACUUAACCAAUGAAUUGAUACAUCAACAAAACUUAUUGAAACUUCACGAAAUGUUCAAUAAUGUUAAAGAUUGCGAAAAUUUCAUUGAAAAACAAUCCAAUGAAAAGCAAAUUAUCGUCGUGAUUUCCGGACACAUAUCUCUCGCUGAAAUAAAUCAAUUGGAAAAAUAUUCAAACAUCGCCGCUAUUUAUCAGUUCUUGCAAUCAAAUGAUCAAAAAGAGCAACUCAAAUGUAUUUAUACGAAAAAAGUCACACAAUCUUACAGAGAAACAAUUGUUAAAUUAUUGGAAAAAUUUUGGUUUCUUGUCGGCUUAGCUAUUGCCGUCGUACUUGCCGCUCUAUUUCCAUCUAUAGGUGCAUCAAAUGGGCCACUUCAUGCUGAAUAUACAUUGAAAUGGGGAUGUGUUAUCGUGAUAUUUUUACUUAGCGGUUUAGGAUUACCAACAAGGACACUCAAGAACGAAUUAUUUCAUUAUCGUUUACAUAUUUUCACUCAAACGUUUAAUCUCGUUUUUAUUCCAUUGGUCGUCUUUGGAAUUUGUUUAUUACUCGCUGAAACAUCAUUCAAUAAGAUAUUCAUCGCUGGUAUUAUCACCAUGGCCUGUACUUCUACGACUAUUUCAAGUAAUGUGAUCAUGACAAAAAAUGCUGGAGGAAAUGAAGCUGCAGCAUUAGUCAAUGCCGUAUUAGGUAAUGUACUUGGUAUAGUGGUAUCACCUGCCUUAAUUUGGCUUUUUAUGUCAAAUUCGAAUUUGAAUGUUUUAAAUGAACCAUAUCGAAUUCAAGAUUAUCUAAAUGUAUUGAUGAAUUUAAGUAUAACGGUGUUGCUUCCUCUCAUUGUUGGACAAAUUAUUCAUUUUAUUUGGACCGAACAAGUUACGAUAUUGAGACAACGGUUUCAUUUUACAGAAUUGAAUAGUCUCGCAUUGUUAUGUUUACUCUGGUCUAUUUUAUGUGAUUUAUUUAAGAGUGACUCAUUCAAAAAGGUGAAAAUUGCCGAUAUUUUAGUGAUUAUCAUCCUUAACGCAUUAUUCUACAUUUCGUUUUCUUUAUUAGCAAUGUUUUUUGCGAGAGCACCUAAUGUUUUCCGAUGUUGCAAACGAAAUCAGCACAAUGAUAAAACACUCUUAUUAAUCAGUUCAACCGAUCGUCAUAAAAAGACAUGGAUUGACCGAUGGCGAUUCUCCCGAGAAGAUACUAUAGCGAUUAUGUUUUGUGGUGCAACAAAAACUGUAGCAAAAGGUGUACCAUUAAUCAAUGCCGUUAAUUCAGCGAAUAAUCAGCAAUUGAUUGGUCUGUUAGCAUUACCAUUGAUAUUUUAUCACGUUGAACAAUUAAUUAUCGGUGCUGUAGAAGUUCUCCUACUUCAAUAUUGGUUGAAAUCGAAGUGUGAGAGAAAUGCCGAAGAACUUAUUGAAAAGAAUUAA